UGACGUGGCGGGGGUGGCGGGGUGGUUGCCCUGGAAAGGCGCCUCUUCCCGACCUGCUCCCCUUCGGGUCCUCCCUGCUCCAGAAUAACAGACUUGGAAGAGACCUUGGAGGUCUUCUAGUCCAGCCCCUACCCAAAGCAGGAGCCCUAAUACUAUCUCAGUCUAAUGGUUCUCCAGUCUCUUCUUAAAACUCUGCAAUGAUGGAGCAGCCACAACUUCUGGAGGUGUUAAUCCUCUAAGAAAAAAAAGGGGGAGGGGAGUUUGCCUCAGAGAGCAAUUUUCCAGGCAAAACCGAGGCUAGAAAUCACAGAAUGGAAAUUCCAGCAAGCAAAAGUUGCCCUUUGCAGAGCAACAGAGAUUCCGAUAGGUCUUUCCAAGCGUCUCCUGGUGAUGAGCAGAAGCUUGCAACCUCAGAUAUGUGCAGCUUUAGAACAGUUGGCAGUUCCCCUCUGAGUCGGACACAUUGGGGAGAACAAAUGUCAGGAGUCCCAAAUUCACACAAUUAUUCCCCGAGCAGGAAAGGAACAUCUGAACCACCUUCUCGCAGGGAAAGAGAAUCUUGGAAUCCAGACCAAAAUAUGUCUGUGGGCAAACACGGGUCCAGAGAGAGGCCCCCUCCCUGCCUCUGCUGGGGCGAAUUAAAGACAGAAAACCCAGCCACGAAUAAUGGGAGCAAGGCUGCCCAAGAUUGUAACCAAGGCACUGAAAAACUGGAGGACUUGGAUGCUGAAAGUGGCACCCCUAGGGGAGAGGAGACCUCCAGCAACAAAAAGUCAUAUUACAGUAAUGAUAAUUGUAAGUCCCUGCGUUCAGACAGGAUGACCGACAGUCCCAUGGAGGAGGAAGACUCCGCUCUGCUUGCCAUGUUCCAUGCUGUGGCCAACAGCCGCUUGGCAGUCCGGAGCCAGCAGAAGGAUGAACCAGAUUUUACACCAGCCCAGAAAUUGGACAUUUUACGGGAUUUAUACCACACCAAGCCUCUGGUCUUCCUGGAGCGCUUCCGAACGGUCCUGCGCGAAGAACACUUGCCCUGUUUCCGCCAUCUCUCUGGCAAUUAUGAGGCUGAUUUUUACUGUGCUGAGAUCCGCAAAGCAAACCGGGGCAAAACUCUGCACACUAGGAUGAGGAACAAGCGUUACGCAGCUCUGCAACAACUCAUCAGAGGUGGGGAAUAUUUCAGCGAUGAGCAGAUGAGGGGCCGUGACCCCCUCCUUUACGAGCAAUACAUCGGACAGUAUCUGAGCGAUGAGGAGCUGCAGGAGCUUGGCCAGUGUAAGCUGGAGGCUUCCUGCUCCCUCUCCGGCGUCCUCCUAGACUCCUACCAGGAGCACGUGAUCCAGCAGCGGCUGCUGAUCCAGCAGGAGCUGGAAGACGCCUGCCAAGAGGAGGAGGAGGAAGACAGUGACCAGGAGAGCGAAGACCAAGCUUUGAAUCCUGACGCAGACGAGUGGGUCCCCGAUGCAGAGGAGAAGGCUUUCCUGAGGGAAGAGUUCACCAGCCGGAUGUACCAGCACUUCCUGGAAGGGAAGGAUCUGGACUUCGACUACAGUGAAGUAGACGAGAACCCGGAGUUUGAUAACCUCGACAUUGUCUCGAGAGACGAGGAAGAACGUUAUUUUGACGGGGAGGAACCUGAAGUCGCUGACUCUAUGGAAACGGAAGAGACGGAACGAAGACCGUAGUUCCUUGGGGGGGGGGAGGAGGCGAAGGCACCUGGGCGCUCUGCUCCUGGCAAGAGGGCAGGGAAAGGUACAUUUGUGGUGCCCCAUCGUAGGUUUUAUUUCCCUUGGUUGAAUUGGGUGGAAAAAUCAGCUUCACCUUCACAGCGAUGGACCCCGAACUCGUUGCCGAGAGACGUUUGGGAGGCCCACGCACAUUUUGUGCCCUCGCCAGUGGGGAGAUUCCCACGUUGCUUCCUAAAUUCUUCGGAGUGCCCAGUAGGAAAAGAUUGGGGAGAACAGGAAGAUCAGAGAAUGCCAGUCUGGGUUUGACCUGCCCCAUCCCUUUAUUUGGACACGCUCGUUGUGGAGAUUACAGACACGUUCCUUUCCCGGGUCUGCAUUUUCCCCUUGACUUGUAAGUCGGUGUUUUUUUUUCAACCUUGGCAACAUUCAGAGGGGUGGACUUCCCCCAUGCUGACUGAGGAACUCUGGGAGUUGAAGUCCACCUCUCUUAAAAUUGCCAAGAUUGAGAAACACUAUUUUAACUAAUCAGUCUCCAUUAGAGACAUUGCUGGCCUCUAGCUUGCACGCGCCCCAAAACAAACACCCCUGUCAGUGUUCUGCUACUCGGGGGGCCAUUGGGAUACCAAGUGUGUGUUUUCCAGCAUUUGGAAGUGAACAAUAAAAUCAUUUAAAGUAG